AUGCCCUCAUCACCAGACCCAAGCCAAUCCCAACCCUCCCAACACGACUCUCCCCAUCUCACGUCAUCCGAAAACGGCCAGAAUCUUUGCCCGGAACAGCUCCAGCGGGAAAAGAAGGUGAAAACCCUCCAAGCGUCAAUCAAUGACCUCCAAUCCCAAACACAGCAGCUUGAGGGGGAGAUUGCAGAGGUUAAAGCUAAGCUAAAAAAUGACCCCUCAAUCACCGUCAAGCGUCAUAUCCGUCUUCUCCAUGACUACAACGAAAUCAAAGAUGUCGGUCAAGGAUUGAUGGGGUUGAUUGCGGAGGCGCGUGGAAUGAGGCAGAUUGAGGUGCAGAGGGAGUUUGGAAUUGGUGAGAAGGAUUAA